AUGGCCGACCAGGAAGUUGAUCUGGAUUCCAUCAUCGACCGCCUGCUGGAAGUGAGGGGCAGCAGGCCCGGAAAGCAGGUUCAGCUGCUGGAAUCGGAGAUCCGAUACCUUUGCACCAAGGCUCGCGAAAUCUUCAUUUCUCAGCCUAUUCUGCUCGAGCUUGAGGCUCCCAUCAAGAUUUGCGGUGAUAUCCACGGUCAAUACUACGAUCUUUUGCGUCUGUUCGAAUACGGCGGUUUCCCUCCAGAGGCCAACUACCUUUUCCUCGGUGACUACGUCGACCGUGGUAAGCAGUCUCUCGAGACCAUCUGUCUGCUUCUCGCCUACAAGAUCAAGUACCCCGAGAACUUCUUCAUUCUGCGUGGUAACCACGAAUGCGCCUCUAUCAACCGUAUCUACGGUUUCUACGAUGAGUGCAAGCGCCGGUACAACAUCAAGCUGUGGAAGACUUUCACCGACUGCUUCAACUGUCUCCCCAUUGCUGCUAUCAUCGAUGAGAAGAUUUUCACCAUGCACGGAGGUUUGAGUCCCGAUCUCAACUCGAUGGAGCAGAUUCGCCGCGUCAUGCGUCCCACUGAUAUUCCCGACUGCGGUCUCCUUUGCGAUCUUCUAUGGUCCGACCCCGACAAGGAUAUCACCGGCUGGAGCGAGAACGACCGUGGUGUUUCAUUCACAUUCGGACCCGACGUGGUUUCGCGCUUCCUUCAGAAACACGACAUGGACCUGAUAUGCCGUGCGCAUCAAGUUGUGGAGGAUGGUUACGAGUUCUUCUCGAAGCGCCAGCUGGUAACGCUAUUCAGCGCGCCCAACUACUGUGGUGAAUUCGACAAUGCGGGUGCAAUGAUGAGCGUAGACGAGAGCUUGCUCUGCUCCUUCCAGAUCCUGAAACCAGCCGAAAAGAAACAAAAGUACGUUUACGGGAGCAUGAGCUCUGGCGGACCCAACACUCCGAGAAAACAGAAGAAGAAAUAA